AUGUCGUCGACAGUGUCGACAUCAGAAACCUCGACGGCAAUUGGUGGACCACCGCCACCGGCUCCUGGACGGGUAUCGUUUCGUGAUCUGUGUUGCCUCUUUUGUUGCCCACCUCUUCCAUCGAGUAUCGUCAGCAAGCUAGCUUUUAUGCCACCUGAACCGUGUUAUUCGAUCACCGAUGAUUCAAGGUUAAAUUUGAUCGAAGGACGAGCCGAGUGCCCACAUGAGAUGUUUACGACCCGGACAAGACGGAGAAACAAAGUCGCUUGCCUCUACGUGCGGCCAUGCGGUGAUGCGGCACGGUACACUCUCCUUUUCUCGCACGGAAAUGCUGUCGAUCUCGGACAAAUGAGUAGUUUCUACUAUGGACUUGGAUACCGCUUGGGAUGCAAUGUGUUUAGCUACGAUUAUUCAGGUUAUGGUUGCUCGACUGGUAAAGCUAGCGAGAAGAACCUCUACGCCGAUAUUCAAGCAGCUUUUGAGGCUCUCCAAACAAGAUAUGACAUUCCUGCUGAGCGGGUGAUUCUCUACGGGCAAAGCAUCGGAACGGUGCCUUCAGUGGAUUUGGCUUCGAAACACCCCGAUGUAGCUGCUUUGAUAUUACAUUCUCCUUUGAUGUCCGGAAUGCGAAGUCUACUUUGUAUUUUAGAAAAAGUACCUCGGGUCACUUGUCCUACUCUUGUUAUACAUGGUACUGAUGACGAGGUUAUCGAAUUUUCACAUGGAGUCUCGAUUUAUGAGCGAUGCCCAGCUUCAGUGGAGCCGUUAUGGGUUGCCGGCGCUGGGCACAGCGAUGUGGGGUUGCACGCGGCUUACUUGGAACGACUACGACUCUUCAUCGAAAAUGAGGCCGGCAAGAAACCAGCCACCACCCAAGCUUAUCAACCAAAUGGAGCCAUCAAAAGUACGCGUAACAACGACUCGGCUCGAACUGCA